AUGUCAAAAAUUCACAGAAAAGUAGCAUUAGUUAUAGCCAAUCAAAGCUAUAGCAAGAGGCCGUUGACUAACUCUGUGAACGAUGCCAAUGAUUUGGCUGAUGCCUUGCGUACAAUUGGCUUUGAAGUUACUUUGGGUGCUGAUUGUACACAUCAAAAAAUGGCUAAUUUGAUCGACAAUUUUGCUGAUAAAAUUGAAGAUCAAGAUUUAGUAAUGUUUUAUUUUGCUGGUCAUGGUUUUCAAUAUAAAGAGCAAAAUUAUUUGUUACCAGUUGAUGCAGAUGAAAAAAUAACGAGAGAAGCAAACAUUAAAUUUAAUUCAGUUAAUGCCCAAGAAACUUUAGAAAGUUUGUCAUCACAAACGUCAUAUAUCACUAUUUUUAUUUUGGACUGUUGUCGUGAAUAUCUGUUUGAUGAUGCAAGUAAAUUUCGAGGUGCAAAAAGUAGUGGUUCGGGAUUGCACACAAUGAUAGCGCCAGGAGGCACUCUUGUUCAGUUUGCUUGUGCUCCUGGUAGGUUAGCAGCAGAUGGUGGUGGUCAAGAUAGGAAUGGAUUGUAUACGAAACAUUUAUUGAAACAGAUUGUCGUUCCAAAUCAACAUAUAGAUUUGAUCUUUUCCUCUGUUGGUGCUGAAGUUUAUAAAGAAAGUAAAGGAAAACAAAUGCCAUACCGCGUUAGUUCAAUUAUGAUUGCUGAAAAUAUUUAUUUGAAUCCUAUCGAUGCUAAUUCAAAAUCAACUCCAGCUCCUAAAACGCUUCUCACAACAAAUGACAAGCAGAAUCCGCAACCGACCUCGCCGAAACCAUCAUAUUCAGUUCAUAUUCCUGCUAAUUAUAAAUGGGCACAGAGCGGAGUGACUAUUGCUGGAGGUCACGGGCAAGGUGAUGCUACUAAUCAGCUAUGGGGGCCUUAUGGUCUCUUCGUGGAUGAUGAUCAAACAGUGAUUAUUGCUGACUUCUGGAAUCAUCGUAUCAUCCAAUGGAAGAACCGUGAUACAACGCAUGGACAAGUUGUUGCUGGUGGCAAAGGCCAAGGAAAUGGAUUGCAUCAAUUGAAUUGUCCAACAGAUGUAUUAAUUGACAAAGAGACGGAUAGUCUCAUUAUUUGUGAUCAAGGGAAUCAACGAGUAGUACGGUGGUCUCGUCGUAGUGGUACAACACAAGGUGAACUACUCAUCGACAACAUCCAAUGUUAUGGAUUAGCAAUCGAUGAACAGAGAUAUCUCUACGUUUCUGACGAAGGAAAACAUGAAGUAAGACGAUAUCAAUUGGGUGAGAAGAAUGGCACUCUCGUAGCUGGCGGAAAUGGUAAAGGUGAUGGACUCAAUCAGCUUAACGGGCCGACAGGUCUCUUUGUUGAUCGACAACUAAAUGUCUACGUGUCAGACAGCUCCAAUCAUCGUGUAAUGAAAUGGACUAGAGGUGCAACAGAAGGUAUUGUGGUCGCUGGAGGACAAGGUCAAGGGUAUGCUCUGCCACAAUUGUAUCAUUCUGAAGGACUCUUCGUCGAUACGUUGGGUACACUCUAUGUAGCAGAUACGUAUAAUCAUCGUGUAAUGCGUUGGACUCAAGGAGACAAGAAACAAAGCACUGUAGUUGUGGGUGGAAAUGAUUCAGGAGCAGGAGCAAAUCAGUUCAGCAACCCCGUUGGUUUGUCUUUCGAUCGUCAUGGUAAUCUCUAUAUCGCUGAUACGAAUAAUAAUCGUGUUCAACGAUUUUCUAUCGAAUAA